AUGUCAUCAGAACAUAAACGGGACAAUAUAAAUAACAUUCCCGAUUUUUCUAUCUCUCAAAGUUCGGUUUUACCCUCCGAUUCGAUAAUCGAAAAUACUGAUGAUUCGCAUUUUCAUAAUUAUGAUUACGAUGAUAGUGAUGAUGCAGAAUUAGAACCAUUUGGAUACAAAUU